ACACAUGUCGUCACUGUGGGGCCACCAUUGACUCAUUGGGACUUCAUGGGCUCUCCUGUAAGAAGGGUAGGAUGCGUUUCCACCGUCAUGCAGCCAUCAACGAUGUCCUCCAUCGAGCUCUCUCUUCCGCGGGAAUUCCUUCUUGUCUGGAGCCAUCUGGCCUUUCUAGGUCUGAUGGUAAAAGGCCUGAUGGUCUUACCCUUGUUCCUUGGGAACGUGGAAAGCCUCUGGUUUGGGACGCUACAGUCCCUGACACUCUAGCUCCCUCAUACCGUUCUGUGGCAGUUUCUAAUUCAGGUGCUGUUGCUGCUCUAGCAGAAUCCAAGAAGACCUCCAAGUCAUUCAUCAAGUCCUUGGGUCGUAAGAUUCGUUUUUAUUCAGGGGAUGUGAAUGCUGGUCAAUAUUUAAUGCAAUGCUUAUCAGUUGCCAUUCAACGAGGUAACGCAGCCCUCAUCACUGAUGCCUUGCAUUCAGGCUCUUUGUCUUUGUCUCCGUUCUGACUUGUUAUUGUU